AUUUAUUAAAAUGUCACCGCUGGCUGCUUCUCUUUUCAACCGCCAUACCCUUUUCUUCUUAUCCUUUCUAGAAAAACCCUAGUUAAAAAUUUUAGAGUUUUUUCCCCAGCUCUUUUCUCCUGCUCUUUGUUGUUUUUUUGUUUCGUAAUUUUGAUUCGUCUUUGGAUCUGUGAGUUACUUGACAUGGAUAUCCGCAAGAGAAACAGGAAUGAAACUGGUUUUAAUGGCAAUGGUGGUUUCAAAAAGGCUAAGCCAGAAAUGGACUCGUUAUCAAGUGGUAUAGGAAGCAAAUCAAAGCCGUGCACAAAGUUUUUCAGCACUGUUGGCUGCCCUUUUGGUGAGAACUGCCAUUUUCUUCAUUAUGUUCCUGGUGGCUAUAAUGCUGUGGCCAAGAUGAUGAAUAUUGCACCAUCUCCAGCAUCACCUAUUGCCAGUGGGAAUACUCCCGCUGUGAAAACCAAAAUUUGCAGCAAGUUCAACACAUCUGAGGGAUGCAAAUUUGGGGACAAAUGCCGUUUUGCUCAUGGGGAGUGGGAAAUUGGCAAGCCUAUUGUGCCAUCACCACGUGCCAUGGGUGUUGGACCUAUUCCUGACCGUUUUGGCGGGCGAAGGGAGCCUCCUGUUUCGGGAGCUGCUGCUAGCUUUGGUACGUCAGCCACUGCAAAGAUCAGCGUGGAUGCUUUCCAUGUGGGACCCAUCAUUGGAAAGGGCGGAGUGAACUCUAAGCAGAUCUGUCGGCAGACAGGAGCCAAGCUGGCAAUCCGUGAGCAUGAAAUAGAUAAAAAUCUGAGGAACAUUGAGCUUGAAGGUACAUUUGAACAAAUUUCGCGGGCUAGCGCCAUGGUGAGAGAGCUGAUCAGCAGCCUUGGGUCAGUUGGUGGACCAGGAAGAACACCUGCAGUACAGGGUGGACCUGCACCUCCAAUGAGCAACUACAAGACUAAGCUGUGCGAAAAUUUUGCUAAAGGUUCUUGCACUUUUGGAGAAAGGUGCCACUUCGCCCAUGGUGAUGCUGAAUUGCGCAAAACAGGGGGGUGAGCUUUACGGGUACCCUAGUCUCUGUAGUCCCUUGCUAUGUGGAAAGCCCGAUUGUGCUCAUUGUAAUAUUCUCAAUUUUUGGUCUCUUGUAAUGCGCGAUUUCGUGGUAUUAAGUUACUGUCAUUUGAAUGGAAAACAGAAGUACCUAGAUUUAGCUGUGACAUGUUUAU